AUGAAGCCUCCCCCGGUCCUGACUUGCCUUUGCCUCUUGGUGGCCCUGGUCAGCGGGAACCUGGUCCAGUUCGGGGUGAUGAUCGAGAGGGUGACGGGCAAGUCGGCGCUUCAGUACAACGACUACGGCUGCUACUGUGGCAUCGGAGGCUCCCACUGGCCGGUGGACCCUACCGACUGGUGCUGUCACGCCCACGACUGCUGCUACGGGCGCGUGGAGAAGCUGGGCUGUGAACCCAAACUGGAGAAGUAUUUCUUCUCCGCCAGCAAACACGGAGUCUUCUGCGCCGGCAGAACCACCUGCCAGCGAGAGACCUGCGAGUGUGACAAGAGAGCUGCACUCUGCUUCCGCCACAACCUGGGCUCCUAUGACCGCAAAUACGCCAAUUACCCCAACAGGCUCUGCACGGGCCCCACCCCACCCUGCUGA